CAUAGUAGUUCUUUGUUAAGUCAUUUUACAUAAUCAAGUGAUACAGCGAACAGUUUGUUAACAGUGAGAGAGAGUCAGUUUUAGUUUGUGAGUUACACAAGUGCGAUUAAUUGUGUGAAAAUGAGGCAAUUAAUUAUUUUAAUUGUUGGAUUAACAAUAGCGGCUAAUAAUUGUCAUGGUCACACAUAUCAUUUGGGUGCAUGUCCUGUUGUCGAACCUAUGCAAGGUUUUGACAUGAAUAAGAUGCUUGGUGUUUGGUAUGUCAUCCAAAAAACAUCAACAGCAAGUAAUUGUAUAAUUUAUAAUUUCACAAAAACCGAAGAGCCUGGUGAAUAUGCUAUCGAACAAGUUAGCCAACAUUUUGCAUUAGGAUUAACACCAUUAGAGCAUGAAUAUCAUUAUAAAGGAUUAUUAACUAUUCCGGAACCAGCUGUACCAGGAAAGAUGACCGUACGAUUUCCAUUAAGCGUUGCAGGAACAGCAACAUACACAAUCCUUGGAACCGAUUACAAUACAUACGCUGGAAUAUUUACAUGCCAAAAAUUAGCUUUCGCUCAUCGUCAAUCGGCUACAAUUUUAUCACGGGAAAAAACACUUGAUAAAAAUUAUGUUGACAAGGUACGAAAUCGUUUAGCCAGUUUCAACGUUGAUCCAUACGAUUUAAGUAUCAUUACGCAAACAAAUUGUCCAAAACCAGGACAAAAUGACAGUGUAAAUAUUAAUAUCGAUGAUCAAACAUUCACUGCACAUAGUGCCGCAGAAGUCGUACGUAAAGCUGGUGAAAAAAUUGGUGAUGGCGUCGAAUAUGUUAGUAGUGGAGUAAAGAAAAUUUACCAUAAAGUUAGCGAUGAAAUUCAAAAACGACAAGGUGACAGCGAAGACCAAAAAGAACAACGUAAUAAUAAUUUAAAUCGUGAUCCAAAAAGUGAAGCCGAAUGGUUACCUUGAAAAUAUUGUAUUUAGAAAAUGGAGGAGAGAGAUGUAUCUGUUAUUUUUGAUAUUAAGUGUACCUUUUAAUUAUAGUUAAAUGUAAUUUU